AUGGAGGGUUACCCCGCUCUAGCCUGUCUCCAAGGUCAAUAUCCCGAGCUAGGCAUCUACCGACGCUUUUCCAGUCUUAAUGCACGAAAUCUGUUGUACUUGCAAGCCGAAUUGAUUGAUCUCGAGACGGACCUCGAAAAGUAUACCAAGGAGGACGGGAAGUCUGACAAGGAAAAAACGAAACUCUGCAACAAGAAUUGGUUUUACCUUAGCCGAAAAAAGGACGGUGUUGUAGGGUCGCAAUGGCAUACAAUGACAGCCCUGAGAGUUAAAUUGAGAGAAUACAGUAAGUGUUGAGACAAGAAACAUGAGUUUUACUGCUUUGCUGAUGCCUUUUCAGAUGAGUGUUUAGUGCUUCAACGCCAGCUUAUGACUUUCAAUCAACCCGAGCGCGGAAACCUCAAACUCUUGACGCGGUGGCUUAGCGAUGAACGGCAUGGUAACCUUGCAAUCCAAGGUCUGGAUAGAAACGUAUGGAAAGAUGGCUACGAUUUGCUAACAGUAAAACCCGAUUCUUUGGAUGGAGAUUCAUUUACUAGACUGUUGCAAAAAGUCUUGAUCGAUCCUUUCCAUAGGUUACGAAGCAGCUGUCGUCCGCCUCCAGACUUGGAAAAUGGAAUAUACACAUAUGUAGAGGUGACAACUAUAAGGGUAGCCAAUGUUAUUGGGACCGCAAUAUCCUCAAUCUUGCCUGUCUCAGCUGUUGUGGUUCUAUAUAUUGUCCGGGAUAUGCUGAAAAGGCUCGGAAUUGUGGCUUUAUUUACUGCACUAUUUUCACUUGCUUUGAUGGCCACUACGAGGGCAAAAAGGAUCGAAAUAUUUGCCGCGACUGCAGCGUGAGUGAUACCAUAUCUGUGGAGUAUCCUUGGAAGUCUCACAAAUGCAGCAGGUUCGCCAGUAUUCAGGUGGUCUUCAUUGGUUCUGCGCCGUUGUAA